AUGAAACUUCUCCUUAUUUUAUUAGCUGUUUCUCUGGAAUUUGCCAUCUCUCGAUCCCUCACAGAUUUGGUCUGCAAAAUUAAUCCGCGGAGAUGUGAAGAUUUUAAAGGAAACAAUUCGAGACCAAGGGGAGAAGAGGGGCGAAUACAUCAUGAAAGUCCGCUGGGAGGGCCAUCUCUAGCAGAGUUUCAGAGAUGGAAUAAUUAUGAAGAGACUGCUCAGGGGACCGGAUUUUUGAGACCAGCAUCCGGGACAAAUCCAGUGCCAUAUGGGGAAGGCCUCGGUGACAUUGGAAUCUACACUGGCGUCGGUGUUCAACACCCAUUCGGAGGACUCGGAAUAGAACGAAACUUUGGAAUCGGAAUGGGUGGAAACGGAAGAAUCGGUGGAGCUCCAGUCGGAUGGGGAAACGGCGGAACCCGAAGUGUUGGGUCAGCACCAUGGGCGAAUCCAUAA